AUCCCGUGAACGACAUAGUAUGUGGCCAGCCUCAUUGUAAUAGUCUUUUGAUAUUGGAAUGGCAGGGAAAAGAAGGUGUGUGGGGCCUACUGGGCAGUUAGGAUGCUGCAGCACUGUCGGCGAGAUCACUUUGACCAAGAGUAGUACAACCAGCUUCUUUCCUCUCCCUUCCCACAGUUGAGUUUCAGAGAAAGCCCGAGGUGGAGCAAGAGAUGCAGGGGUUAUGAAGUAGAAUAGGAGAACGUAAGGACAUGCAGAGGGCUUGCGACACCCCCUUAGGAGAAAAGCGAGCAUGGGCUAAAAAGUUAAUUGAUAGAUCUUCAACUGAACAGAAGGGUGGUCGUUGGCCAAGGGAGUGUCCACGACAUCUGGUCAACCGUGCUAAACCGGAUCGCAUUUACACAGCAUGCAAGGGUGCUUAGGCCAAGUUGCGAAUGCAUGAGGCAAAUGUGAAAAGGUUCUCAGACCACUCCACACCCGAUAGCAAGACAGACAGAAGCCAAGCUGAGGAGAAGGCAGACCGGGGGACCAGAGGAAAGCCGGACAGAUAGACAGACAGGCAAAGAGUGCCGUCCAAGGCCAGUGAAGGUGGGCAGCAAUCAUGCGAACACGACAGUUGGUCAUCUCCUCAAUAUGCAGGAUGGACGUGGUAUCAAAAUAUCCAAAGGUGCUCUCUGCAUCGAGGCAUAAAUAUCGCCAUCUUUCCCCCGAGAAUGCGGAUGAGAUAUCAUCAACAAAGCAGACAUCACCAGUGAGCAGCAACAGCGACCACAACACACUUCCCCUUAUUAAAUUCAGCACACAAAACAAUAGCAAGCACCGCUUCCUCCUACAUCAUCAAUACUUCCCUCCUCAAUAGUCAAGUUUCCCCUUGCCAAACAAACUGCUUUGUCAGUCAGGAACUCGAUCCGCCAUCGGGUCCAUAGAAGCCACACUUGAAACACCGAGAAAACAACAAGGAAGAAAACAAGCUGGUGAGUGCGCAAUGAAAGCUCCAAAGGUAUAGAAGACUGAUGAAGAGUGUUUCAAAGUCACCAUGUGCUUCUACAGCCAGAAGAGAUUCCUCUGCGGUGAUUGGGCCUGGGGUAGCUUUGCUGCCAAGUGCAACCACGAGUACCGAAUGGGCGAAACCUGCGGCAUGAAACUCGUCCACAACACAGAGAACAUCCAAGCCAUCUGCAAGCUUUGCGAGAAGAUCCAAACCAAGCACCGCCGACGCAACACGGAGGUAGAGCGUAUUAACCGGUGGCGCCGCGAAGGAAGCGUCAUGAAAGCUUCCAUGGAGAAAUCUCAGGCCAUGGUCAAGGAUUUCGAACAGGAAAUCAGCCAAUUGGAGCAUGAGAGACAAUUGAAACAGAGAUCCAUUGGCAAGUGAGCACGACCAGGGAUAUAUGCGGGGGCCAAAAUUCGAGUGAAGCAUGGAGAGUUGGUCCGAUGUGCAAAGAAAAAGGGGGGGUAUCAACUGCUAACGAUAUCAUGUAAUAACGCUUUCGUUUUCGUUUCUCUGCAUUCUCAUGUGUUAUGCCUUUUUCUUUACUUUUAUUUGGAUUUUUCUUGUUAUGAUUUUGCAACACCUUUCGGGAUAGUGAGGGACUUCGGACUUGCAAUGACUGCACGGAGCAGGGACAUUUGACUAGCUAGUUAGUUAGUGGACCAAGACUGAAUGGAAUGUGUUUUAGCGUCGUCACAUUUGCAAGCUGAGAGUCGCCGGUUGCCAAUGGAUUUUCGUAAAAGCUGCAUCGA